UGCUUUUAGGAAACCCCGCCUACAUAACGGAAGUAACUGUCAACCCAACCUGCAUUUGUUGAUAAUACGAUCAGAAAGGGAUUUUAACUUCAUACUUGUCAACUAACUCAAUUGAGACAUAUAGCAAUAAUGGAAACUGUACCCGCACCGCUAAGGUGCCUCGGCGAAUGUCACGCCGCGGAGAAGUUUACAGAUGACGGGGUGGAGACGGUGACUUCAAUGGAGCAGAAAAAAGUUGAACGCAGUAUUCAAGAAGUAAUCAGUGUUUACAAGCAAAUGCACAGCUUUCCACAACCCACUCUAUUGCGGGACCAACACUAUCAAUAUCUGAAGAAAGGUUUACGUCAUCUGUCAGAUUCUUACGAGUGUUUGGACGCCAGCCGCCCAUGGCUCUGCUAUUGGAUUUUACACAGCCUGGAGCUGUUGGAAGAACCUGUCCCCUCAUCAAUCGCCUCAGAUGUGUGUCAGUUCCUGGCGCGGUGUCAGACUCCUACAGGAGGUUUUGCUGGAGGUCCAGGUCAACACGCCCACCUGGCGCCCACCUACGCGGCGGUCAACGCCCUGUGCAUCAUUGGCACCGAGGAGGCUUACAGCGUCAUAGACCGAGAGAAGCUGUUGUCCUUCCUGUUCUCUGUAAAGCAGCCUGAUGGCUCCUUUGUGAUGCAUGUGGGAGGAGAAGUGGAUGUCAGGAGUGCGUACUGUGCUGCGUCGGUGGCGUCUCUCACCAACAUCGUGACCCCGUCUUUGUUCCAGGACACACCGAUGUGGAUCGUCAGCUGCCAAAACUGGGAGGGGGGCCUGGGGGGUGUCCCAGGACUGGAGGCCCAUGGAGGGUACACAUUCUGUGGGACGGCUGCCAUGGUCAUCCUGGGCAAGGAGUUCAUGCUGGAUCUCAAGUCUCUGCUGCGCUGGGUGGCCAGUAGACAGAUGAGGUUCGAGGGAGGCUUCCAGGGUCGCUGUAACAAACUGGUUGACGGCUGCUACUCCUUCUGGCAGGCUGGCCUGCUGCCUCUUCUUCACAGAGCCCUGUUUAAAGAAGGGGACUCGACGCUAAGCCUGGAGAAGUGGAUGUUUGAGCAGCAGGCCCUGCAAGAGUACAUUCUGCUGUGCUGUCAGAACCCUGUUGGAGGACUGCUGGACAAGCCUGGCAAAUCCAGAGACUUCUACCAUACAUGUUACUGUCUGAGUGGUCUGUCUGUAGCGCAGCACUUCGGCAACAUGGACCUACACCACCAGCUGAUUGUGGGCCAGGAGGAGAACCGACUGGCACCAAGCCACCCGGUCUACAACAUCUGUCCAGAGAAGGUGGCCCGGGCCAUUCAACACUUCCACCAGCUGCCUGUCCCCAUGGAGAACCGAGGCUCGCCGGCCUCAUCCGACCACUCCUAGGGCCCACGGCUCACGUUCGUCAGCAGCGUUCGGGAGGGGAUUGUAGCCCCUUUCGAGUAACUCUGGCUUGAGGUUGAACUGGCCAGUAAGCACUGACACCGGGUCAGAUGUCUGUCAUCCCCAGAGGUCGGGGGGGGGUUGGGUCAGUCAGAUGCCAGACCUGUGGGUUAGGCGGGUGGCCUGUGUGUUGCUGUAGUUACUGGUCCUCAGACAACUGAAGGAUUUGGAGGAAGGGGUGAAAACCGUGUCUGUUCAAAUAAAGGCCUAAGUAGAAAUA